AAACAUAAAAACAUCGAUUUUUAUCUUGUUUCCGUUUCAAUAUUGACAUUUCUAAAUAAUCAAAAUGACUUUUUGUGAUUCUUUUCAUCUAUUUCCGUUCUUUUCUGUCGGACUAUCUAAACAAUAUGACUAAAAAAAGGCGUAACGGAGGACGUAACAAGCACAAUCGUGGACACGUGAAACCGGUCCGAUGCACAAAUUGUGCAAGAUGUGUUCCAAAAGAUAAGGCAAUUAAAAAAUUUGUUAUUAGAAACAUUGUAGAAGCAGCAGCAGUAAGAGAUAUAUCUGAAGCCUCUGUUUGGAAUACUUACGUUUUACCAAAACUAUAUGCUAAGCUGCAUUAUUGUGUAUCAUGCGCUAUUCAUUCAAAAGUUGUACGUAAUAGAUCAAAAGAAGCACGUCGUAUUCGUACACCACCAGCCAGGCCUUUUAUAAAAGAUAUGGCUCGUCAAAAUCAACAACCUAGGAAAUAAAAUUAACAUUUUAUUCGAUCUACAAUGUUAAGGGAUUAAUACUUUUAAAAUCAAUAAAAAAAAAGUAAGAGAAAAAUUA